AUGUCCAGCCGGACGCGCCCGCCUUGGCUGAAGAAGCUGAAGCGUAUCAUUGGACGGCGCCUCCGCUCGGGAAGCCUCAGCACCGAGGCCGCGCGCCAACUCUGCGACGAGGUGCUCCCAUCGAUCCGAAGGCGUUCCCCACCGCCGGCCGUUUCGGCAGCAGCGGACGUGUGGAGGGCCUACCGCCGCCCUUCCUGGGAGCUGGAGCAGUUCGUGGGAGAGUGUUACCGCUCGGGGGACCUCGGCCCCGAGGACGCACUCGAUCUGUUCGACGAAUUGCUUCCUCAAGCGAUGCCCGGUUCCAUUUACGCCCUCAACCAGCUCCUCACCACCGUCGCUCGCUCCCCGGUCUGGUCCACCGUGCGCUACGGCCCUGCGCUCGCCGUGUCCAUGUUCAACCGCAUGGCCCGAGCGGGCGCCAAGGAGAUCGGCUUCGCUGCAUUGGGCCAAAUCAUUAAGACGGGGCUGAGGGCAGAUGCCAUGACCUUCAUGCCCAUGCUUAGGACCCUCUUUGCUGAGAAGAGGACGAGUGACGCUGUGAAUGUUGUGGGUGAGGUGGGGAAAGCUUACACCCUGUUUCGCGAAAUGCUUGAUCAUGGGAUCUUGCCAAAUGUUGUGACUUGCAGCUCAAUCAUUGAUGGCCUAUGUAAGGUUCAUGCAAUGGACAAGGCCGACGAGGUCCUUCGGCAGAUGAUUAACGAACAUAUUAUGCCUAAUUGCGCUACAUAUAACAGUCUGGUCCACGGAUACCUCUCUUUGGGACAGUGGAAAGAGGCAGUCAGAAUUCUCAAACAAAUGUUCAGAUAUGGGCAACAACCAGAUGUUGUUACUUACAAUAUGAUGAUAGACUAUCUUUGUAAAUCUGGAUUGCGCGCAGAAGCUAGAGAGAUCUUUGAUUCUAUGAUUCAGAGUGGUGAAAAACCUGAUGUUGCCACCUAUACAAGUCUGCUUCAUGGGUAUGCUACCGAAGGCAAUCUUGUUGAAAUGAACAAUGUCAAAGAUCUAAUGGUACAAAAUGGAAUGCGACCUGACCGUCAUGUCUUCAACAUACAGAUGUAUGCAUAUAGUAAAUGUGGAAUGCUAGAUGAUGCAAUCCUUACAUUUAACAAAAUGCAGCAGCUCGGAUUGAUGCCAGACAUAGUCACCUACAACAUGGUUAUAGAUGGGCUUUGCAAGAUAGGCCGGCUGGACGAUGCAUUGUCCCAAUUUUCUCAGAUGAUUGAUGAUGGAUUGUCUGCCAAUAUCAUAACAUUUACAACCCUAAUUCAUGGUCUUUCUAUGUACGGCAAAUGGGAGAAGGCUGAGGAACUAUUUUAUGAGAUGAUGGAUAGAGGCAUUCCUCCUGAUGUCAAUGUGUUCAGUGCAAUGAUAGACAAGCUAUUCAAAGAAGGAAAGGUUACGGAGGCCCGAAAACUCUUUGAUUUGAUGCCCCGUGCAGGAGCAAAACCUAAUGUUGUUUCCUAUAAUACAAUGAUUCAUGGGUACUUCUUAGCUGGUGAAGUGGACGAAGUGAUGAAGCUCCUUGAUGGUAUGCUCUUGAUUGGCUUGAAACCCAAUGCUGUUACCUUUAAUACUUUACUUGAUGGCAUGGUCUCUAUGGGAUUGAAACCCGAUGUUGUUACCUUAUGUAAUGGCUCUCAGGGUAAUACCGGUUGCGCCUUUUGCAUGAACCUCUGGUAUGAGCAGCAUGAAUUGGAAGGGAAGUUAUUCGAGCUUGCUUCUCUGGAGUGGAAGCUUGAUGUACUUAAAGCAGAAGCUACCACCGUUACCCAGGGAAAGAAGUCCGGCUCAUGUGCUAAUACAAGAGCUAAUGGACAACUUGCUGGCUUAGAUGCGAAUUUUGCUAAGAGAAGUUCAGAGGACAUCCCAAAGGUAACCUGGCUGACUUUGUCAUGCAGAAAGGCAGAGGCCCACAGUUCGCAGGCUGCUCGCGGCCGCCGGGGACUCACCUUCAGGGUGCUGGUGCACCUUGACAUGGUGGAGGACCCUCCGGACAGAGACGGCCGUGCUGCUGCUCCCCGGGUCUACACGUGGGACUACGGGAUCGUGGAUGGAGAAAGGAUGCCGCGCGACCGCCACGACCCUCCACCGGCUGACACCCAUGGCGGCCACCGCGACGACGACAGCGACCAUCGUGGGCCCCGUGAACGCCAGGGGGACAAAUGGUACUCGCGGCUCACCCGCAGCCUGUCGCGGGCGCCCAAGGACCGCGAGCGGGAGCGCUCGGUUCCCCCCAUCGACGACCAUGACGUCACGACACAGCAGCGUUCGUGCCUCGCGGCUAAUCGGCGCUUCCGCACGGGCCAGAACGCCAACGCCGAGGAGGUAAACAAUGUUGGCCAAACGACGCCUGCCAAUGCUGCACUGAUCAACAUGAGGGCAGAUGGAACAAGGUGGCAAAUUACGGUGGUAUAUGGUCCGCAAGGGGAGGAGGCCAAACUUCAAUUCCUCCAAGAACUGAAAAACAUUACGCCGCCGGAGAAUGAUAGAUGGCUCAUCCUGGGAGAUUUCAACCUCAUCUACCAGGCGGAAGAUAAGAACAACGCCAAUCUCAACCGACGUCUCAUGGGGGCAUUUAGAGCGACGAUCGAUCAUUUGAGGCUCAAAGAAAUCAAGCUAAAUGGUCGUCGCUUUACCUAG